GUAUGCGAAAUUUGCUUGGCUCAGUCUCGCGUGUGCAGCUCGUCCGGCAGGUUCGGCUGUCCAUGUGACUGAACGAUCAACAGGCCAAAAGCAAAUAACAAAAGCCAAAAAGCCAAAAAAAAAUAUAAGCGAACGCUCUCUUCCAUCCAUCCAUUCAUCAUCUGUUUGCCAUACACGUAACGUACCUGGCCACCACGAUCUCUCGAUCUCGCGAUCGCGAUCGCGAUCUCUCAGCACAGUCGAACAAACGGUGGCAUUCAACAUGAUGCGAGGCACGGUGUUGGCUUUGGGCCUGCUGCUCGUCCAAUUUGCUGCCACAGGUUUGGCCGUUAAAUGCUAUGAAUGCGAUUCCGAAAACGAUUUGAAUUGCGGCAGUGAAUUUCAAGCUGAAGAUAUUGCCAAAACCGAUUGCGAUGCCGUCGAAUUGCCUCAGGAAAUACGCGAAAUCUAUAUACAAAAGCCGGACACCGCUUGUCUGAUCAAAUACUACAGGGAUCUGCCCGAUAAUCCGCUUUUCGUGCGUCGUUCCUGCACAUUUGGCGAUUUCUCCGUCUGUGACGAGCAACCGGAUCCAGUGAUGCCGCAUCUGAGUUUUCUCGGCUGUCAAUUCUGCCACACAGAUCUGUGCAACAAUGCCGCAAUUAUAAAGCGAUCCAUUGUCAGCGUAAUGCUGUUGUUGCUACUCGGCAAUUUACUCAAUUAACGAUACAAUUUGAUGAAUACUUAAUAGUUUUUUUUUUUUUUUCAACAUUUUUCAGUUUAUUUGAUUUAGUUGUUUUUUGUUUUUAUACAUCCACUAAAAUGAUUUAACAUACAUAUAUUAUUAUAUAUAUUUAUAAUAUAGAAUUGGGGCAUAUUCAAUUAUAUUCUUCUUGUUUCUGUAUGUGUGUUUGUUUGUGUGAGUGUAUGUGUCAUUAAAUAAAAUACAAAUAAUAAUAAUAAUCAUAAAAGUAAACAACACGCUCUUUAAUUCAAAUAGCAAACAUCGCAUCGCAUAGUUCAUAAAUAUGUAUGUACGUAUGUAUAUAGUAUAUUUAUUUUUUUUGUAUAUAUCAGUAUUAAUAAUAGUAUUUAUAUAUAUUGUUGUUAUCAUCAAUGAUGCAUCACUAGAUGUACCAUAUAAUGGUUGGUUAUUGUACGAAAAUCGAAACCUAACAACAACUACACAUAGAAGAACAAACAGUGUAAACAAUUGUAUAUACAAAAGAUAAUGAAUUAGUUGAUUGUUUUUUUUUUCUCUCUCUUUCUUUUCUCUUUUAUGUGCUUGCUUGCUUGCUUGUUUGUUUGUUUGUCUGCCAAAUACUGAUCAAAUGAGCAAGUCUCAUCAUCUACAUAUAUCUUUUUCUUCUUCUUC